UGUACAUCAGGAGGCGUGUGGCUUGGAGCCAUUUUUUCUCUUAAUUGUGGAGACAGAGAAUUCCUGAAAACGGUUUCCCCGGGGAGACGGGGCUGCGCUCCUCCUCUUCCUCCCCAGCGUCUGGAUGGAGUGGAUUCCCUCCCUGCUCUGCCCACCGUAGCGUCCUCCCGCCCCACCUUCGGCGAAGCCCCGCGGGCGAGCGGGGUGUCUGCAAAGCGGCCCGGUCACCUGUCGUGGCAGCUGCAUGGAAAUCCCGGUGCUUCUGCUGUCUGGAGUCCGUGCUGUUUCUUUCCUCCAGCAAACCACGCCGAUUCCGCUCCUAAUGCCAACCCUUCCCCUUUGCCCUGCGCUGAAGACACAGUGCAUGAUGCUGAAUCUAAAGUUUGACCCGCUUGGAGCAGUUAGGGAGGUGUCUACUUCUUCCUGUCAGGACACCACUUCAAGGUUGGGAAGCAUCAGAGUUCCUGAAGGUGCAAGACGACUGCGGGAGCUGCUCAGUCACACACGGCCAGGCAGGAAGAAGAGAGAGAGGGGAUGGGCAAGAGGACUUACCUUCCAGCCCAGUUAGUUCCCCCGCCAACAUCUACCUGACUUCCAGUUACCUUUCAUCAGCCACUGAACUAUAGAUUUGUAAGACUCCAGGGCCUUCAAGCCAUGAUUAAUCUGAUGGUUCCUGAAAUGACUGGGAAACAGAUACUUCGCAUGCCAGUUGAAGAGUGUGUGUCCAUGUAUAUUUAAAACAUUCUUUCUAUACAUACACACUUACAUGAGAAGACAGGCUCAUUCUUGUGCAUACUUGAGAGUUUUACAACUGAUGAAAAUUAAUUUCAGCAUCAUAUGGAGCAACUUGACACCACGGGGUUCAGAAGCCUGGGGAGAAAAAUCCAUCACUAAUGGCCAGUUUUCCAUACGGUCUUCACGGGUAAAGAAAGUUUGCAAAAAGAAGAAAAAAAAUUUGCACAGGUUAAGCCUCAAAAAUACCUCUGCAGUUGAAAGAAGGAGCUAAGUGAGAAGGUGACUGAAGGAAAAGUGUGAUUUCAAACACUGCAGGUGGGAUCACCCAGUGCAUUUUGCACUUUAUUUUUCAAGGGGUUUGGUGAUUUGAACAGACUUUGAAGUUUGCGACUGAGAAGUAACUUAUUGUGGUUAUGGCUGGAGGAAAGCAAGUUCAGGUAUGAUGAGACAUGUUUAAAAACUGAACUGAUUAGUUUGCCUUUUUUAGUUAACUAUAUUUGAGAAAUUUUAAUUUAUUAUUUCCCUUUUCCUUUCCUGCAUCUAUAGGAUAAUAUCUUAAAUAGCAAUUAAAAUCGAUAAUUAGAAAAUAUCAAGGAAAAUCCAAUCAAAGCUUCCUUUUCCUUGGACUAAAAGUGUGACAUUUGGAAAUGGUCUUUGGAUGUGAACAGGAAAGCACCCAUCAGCAAAACAUUAUAACUGUCCAGGGAAACAGUUUGGGAAGAAUCUGACUCUGGCCUGAGUUUUUGUGUUCCCUGUUGAGUCCUAGAAGACUUGCAUAUGAGAGGAAGAUUACUUGAUGGACUUAAUUCUGAGAUUAAUUUUUUUCAUCACGAUGGAAAAGUAUGUGAUCUUUAGGAACAGAAAAGGGGAGAAGUAACUAGGGGAGUGAGAAAAGUCGGGCAGAAGAGACAGAAUCCUUCAGUGUGGCUCGUUUUUGUCAACAAGAGGAUUUAGAACUCACCCAAGGCAAACACUUGAACCAUGUUAAGAACUGUAGAACAUUCUGCCUCUACCCAGUGAAAGGGCUUUCUUUCCAGCCUCUAUGGCACUGAGGGGUAACCUGGCCAGUGGAGGAGUAGUCCAGUGGAGCCUCAUGCUCCCUGGGGACACAGGGCCAAGCUUUGAGGUGGGAAAUUUCUGGUUCUGAACAACGGGAAGAGUCCUUUUUUCUUCCUAAAAUUUGGACUGCUUUCUGCACAAACUCUGAUCUGUUUUGCACAGUUUGUGUGCCUUUUUUUCCCUUUAUGCAAUCUUUUUCAGCUUUAGCAGCAGAAAUUUGUCUAUUUCAGAAAACGUGCCAGAGGGUGGCUUCAGAAGGAAGAUGAUCCUGUGUGUUCUGUCUCUGCAUCCAAACUUUUGAAGAGAAAAUUCCAGCUAGAGGGAUCUUAAAGCCUUAAGUUACUUGAAAUCUAUGUAUUUGCAACCCUUUGUCUCUGGAAAUCAUAUUACACAAAACUGGAAUCUCAGGCUGAAAGAGAAUAAACGAGUAAAAAGAAGAAAACUCUUGUUUCUUGAUCACCACUUGUUAACGAUGCUCUUUCUCCAAAGGAUCAGCACGUUCUUCCUCUAAGGACUUGAAAAUAAAAAUGGACCCCAUGUUUUUUUAAGCAUUACCUUUUCUUAGCAGAUUGCCAUCAUCUUUUAUAGAGAAAUUUUUUUCACUAUGCAUUUGGUGGAUCUUUAUAAAAUACUGACCUAAUUAGAUCCAGGUCAGUCUUAAUUAAAGGGGGAUAAAAGUAAUCCAAGACAACCACAAAAAUAAAUAAACCAAUGAAUGAAAUUGGUUUAAAAUUUUCAACAUUAAGUAUUACUUUUUAAGCAAAACAGUUUACUGAAAAAAAGUAUGUAUGCAGCGGUAGAACAUGGGCCUGUGCUUUGCAGUGACUCCAACAUCCUCUGCCUGUCCUGGAAGGGGCGUGUCCCCAAGAGUGAGAAGGAGAAGCCUGUGUGUAGGAGGCGCUACUACGAGGAAGGCUGGCUGGCCACGGGCAAUGGCCGCGGUGUGGUUGGGGUAACCUUCACCUCCAGCCACUGCCGCAGGGACAGGAGUACUCCUCAGAGGAUAAACUUCAACCUGCGGGGCCACAAUAGUGAGGUUGUGCUGGUGAGGUGGAAUGAGCCAUACCAGAAACUGGCCACGUGUGAUGCAGAUGGAGGCAUAUUUGUGUGGAUUCAGUACGAAGGCAGGUGGUCUGUGGAACUGGUCAACGACCGAGGGGCUCAGGUGAGUGAUUUCACGUGGAGCCACGAUGGGACUCAAGCACUUAUUUCAUAUCGAGAUGGGUUUGUCCUGGUCGGUUCUGUCAGUGGACAAAGACACUGGUCAUCUGAGAUCAACUUGGAAAGUCAGAUCACAUGUGGCAUAUGGACUCCUGAUGACCAACAGGUGCUGUUCGGCACGGCCGACGGGCAGGUGAUUGUCAUGGACUGCCACGGCAGGAUGCUGGCCCACGUCCUCCUUCACGAGUCAGAUGGCGUUCUCAGCAUGUCCUGGAACUACCCCAUCUUCCUGGUGGAGGACAGCAGCGAGAGCGACACGGACUCAGAUGACUACUCCCCUCCCCAAGAUGGUCCAGCAGCGUAUCCCAUCCCAGUGCAGAACAUCAAGCCUCUGCUCACCGUCAGCUUCACCUCGGGAGACAUCAGCCUAAUGAACAACUACGAUGACCUGUCUCCUACUGUCAUCCGCUCAGGGCUGAAAGAGGUGGUGGCCCAGUGGUGCACACAGGGGGACUUGCUGGCAGUUGCUGGAAUGGAACGACAGACCCAGCUUGGUGAGCUUCCCAACGGUCCCCUUCUGAAGAAUGCCAUGGUCAAAUUCUACAACGUCCGUGGGGAACACAUCUUCACACUGGACACACUUGUGCAGCGCCCCAUCAUCUCCAUCUGCUGGGGCCACCGGGACUCUCGGCUGCUGAUGGCAUCAGGACCGGCCCUGUAUGUGGUGCGUGUGGAGCACCGGGUGUCCAGCCUGCAGCUGCUGUGCCAGCAGGCCAUUGCCAGCACCCUGCGAGAAGACAAGGACGUCAGCAAGCUGACCUUGCCCCCCCGUCUUUGCUCCUACCUCUCCACCGCUUUCAUCCCCACCAUCAAGCCCCCAAUUCCAGACCCCAACAACAUGCGGGACUUUGUCAGCUACCCCUCAGCGGGCAAUGAACGGCUGCACUGCACCAUGAAGCGCACGGAGGAUGACCCAGAGGUGGGCGGCCCGUGCUACACGCUCUACCUGGAGUACCUGGGCGGGCUUGUGCCUAUCCUCAAGGGACGGCGCAUCAGCAAGCUGCGGCCGGAGUUUGUCAUCAUGGACCCGCGGACAGAUGGCAAAUCAGAUGAAAUCUAUGGGAACAGCUUGAUUUCUACUGUGAUUGACAGCUGCAACUGUUCAGACUCCAGUGACAUCGAACUGAGUGACGACUGGGCUGCCAAGAAGUCUCCCAAAAUCUCCAGAGCUAGCAAAUCGCCCAAACUCCCAAGGAUCAGCAUCGAGGCCCGGAAAUCUCCGAAGCUGCCCCGGGCUGCCCAGGAGAUCUCUCGGUCUCCUCGGCUGCCCAUGCGCAAGCCCUCCAUAGGGUCGCCCAGCCUAACACGGAGAGAGUUCCCUUUUGAAGACAUCACUCAGCACAACUAUCUUGCUCAGGUCACGUCUAAUAUCUGGGGAACCAAAUUUAAGAUUGUGGGCUUGGCUGCUUUCCUGCCAACCAACCUCGGUGCAGUAAUCUAUAAAACCAGCCUCCUGCAUCUCCAGCCACGACAGAUGACCAUUUAUCUCCCAGAAGUUCGAAAGAUUUCCAUGGACUAUAUUAAUUUACCUGUCUUCAACCCAAAUGUUUUCAGUGAAGAUGAAGAUGAUUUACCAGUGACAGGAGCAUCUGGUAUCCCUGAGAAUAACCCACCUUGUACAGUGAACAUCCCUAUAGCGCCCAUCCACAGCUCGGCUCAAGCAAUGUCCCCCACACAGAGCAUAGGGCUGGUGCAGUCCCUCCUGGCCAAUCAAAAUGUGCAGCUGGACAUCCUGACCAAUCAAACCACAGCCGUGGGGGCAGCAGAACAUACAGGUGACAGUGCCACCCCGUACCCUGUCUCCAGCCGCUACUCCAACCCUGGACAGGUGAUUUUCGGAGGCGUGGAAAUGGGCCGCAUCAUUCCAAAUCCCCCUCCAUUGUCCCUGCCACCGCCACCACCACCUCUGCCACAGGGGCCCAUGCAGCUGUCCUUGCUGGACCAUGGGGACCGAGAACACGAGCACCUGCAGAAGUCAGCCAAAGCCCUCAGGCCAGUGCCACAGCUGGCAGCUGAGGGGGAUGCUGUGGUCUUUAGCGCCACCCAGGAGGUCCAGGUGACCAAGAUGAACCCUCCACCCCCUUACCCAGGAACCAUCCCUGCAGCCCCCACCACGGCAGCACCGCCGCCCCCUCUGCCACCACCACAGCCCCCAGUGGAUGUGUGCUUGAAGAAGGGUGACUUCUCCCUCUAUUCCACAUCAGCACAUUACCAGACACCCCUGGGCUAUGAGAGAAUCACCACCUUUGACAGCAGCGGCAAUGUGGAGGAGGUGUGCCGGCCCCGGACUCGGAUGCUGUGUUCCCAGAACACCUACACCCUUCCCGGCCCAGGCAGCUCUGCCACCUUGAGGCUUACAGCCACCGAGAAGAAGGUCCCCCAGCCCUGCACCAGUGCCACCCUGAACCGCCUGACCAUCCCUCGCUACUCUAUCCCCACUGGGGACCCACCCCCAUAUCCCGAAAUUGCCAGCCAGCUGGCCCAGGGGCGGGUUGCUGCCCAGAGACCCGAUAGCAGCCUCAUUCACGCCACCCUGCGGAGGAACAACCGCGAGGCCGUGCUCAAGAUGGCCCAGCUUGCCGACAGCCCGCGAGCCCUCCUGCAGCCACUGGCCAAGCCCAAGGGUGGGUCCGGGGGGGCGGCUGCGGCGCAGCUCCCUGCACGGCCACCGCCUGCUCUGUAUACCUGCAGCCAGUGCAGCAGUGCAGGGCCUGGCUCGCAGCCCAGUGCCCUGGCCCACGCAGUCAGCACCUCCCCACUAGCCUCCCAGUCCUCCUAUAGCCUCCUGAGCCCACCCGACAGUGCCCGUGACCAUGUCGACUACGUCAACUCAGCUUUCACAGAGGAUGAGACCCUGUCCCAGCACUGUCAGCUCGAGAAGCCCCUAAGGCACCCCCUGCUGCCAGAAGCUGCUGUUGCCGUGAAACGGCCACCCCCUUACCAAUGGGACCCUGUGCUGGGUGAGGAUGUGUGGGUUCCUCAGGAAAGGACAGCACAGACUGCAGUGCCCAACACCUUAAAAUUGUCCCCUCUGAUGCUAGGUCAGGGCCAGCACCUGGACGUGUCCCGAGUGCCCUUUGUCUCCCCCAAGUCUCCCGCCAGCCCUACUGCCACUUUCCAAGCAGGCUAUGGGAUGGGAGUGGCCUAUCCAGGAAGCUAUAGCAACCCCCCUUUGCCUGGAGUGCAGGCUCCCUGUUCCCCCAAAGACGCCCUGUCCCCAGCGCAGUUUGCACAGCAAGAGUCCGCUGUGGUCCUUCAGCCCACCUACCCACCCAGCCUUUCCUACUGCACCCUGCCCCCCAUGUACCCAGGAAGCAGCACAUGCUCUAGUUUACAGCUGCCACCUGUCGCCUUGCACCCAUGGAGUCCCUAUGGCACCUGCCCACCCGUGCAGAGCCCCCAGGGCACUCUCCCCGCUAAGCCACAUUUGGUGGUGGAGAAGCCCCUUGUGUCCCCACCACCUGCUGACCUCCAAAGCCACAUGGGCACAGAGGUGAUGGCAGAAACCACAGACAACUUCCAAGAAGUGCUCUCCUUGACAGAGAGCCCGGUCCCCCAACGGACAGAAAAGUUUGGAAAGAAGAACCGGAAGCGCCUGGACAGCAGAGCAGAGGAAGGAAGCGUUCAGGCCAUCACCGAGGGCAGAGUGAAGAAGGAGGCUAGGACUCUGAGUGACUUUAAUUCUCUCAUCUCCAGCCCCCGCCUGGGGAGAGAGAAGAAGAAAGCGAAGAGUCAGAAAGAGCAGCUGAAGUCAAAGAAGCUGAGUAAGACGAGUGAAUUCCAGGACAGCUCGGACAGUGAGCCCGAACUGUUCAUCAGUGGGGACGAGCUCAUGAACCAGAGCCAGGGCGGCAAGAAGGGGUGGAAAAGCAAGCGGAACCCACGCGCAGCCAGCGAGCUGGAGGAGUUCAAGUGCCGGAAGGCCAGCGAGAAGGAGGACGGGCGGCUGGGCAGCCAGGGCUUCGUGUACGUGAUGGCCAAUAAGCAGCCCUUGUGGAACGAGGCCACCCAGGUGUACCAGCUGGACUUCGGAGGGCGGGUGACCCAGGAGUCAGCCAAGAACUUCCAGAUCGAGUUGGAGGGGCGGCAGGUGAUGCAGUUUGGACGAAUUGAUGGCAACGCAUACAUUCUGGACUUCCAGUACCCCUUCUCAGCCGUGCAGGCCUUUGCGGUGGCCCUGGCCAACGUGACUCAGCGCCUCAAGUGAGGAGACAGUGCUGGGAGAAGAGAGAUGCAAAGUAGCCUCUCGAAGAGGUCUGAUUGGAGAUGCUAGAGGAGCUGGCGCAGGCAGGGUGCCUGGAGGACCAGAAGACAACCAUGAAACUGGAACAGCCUGUCAGGCCAGGAGAGGGCACUGGCCCCUAGUCGUUGUUGUUUAUUUGGGCUUUAUUCUUUACUGUCUGUCUUUUCUUCUUUCGGUAGAGUGGCAUUUGGAGUCAAAGGGUGCGAGGCACCAGGUGUUCUUUCAGGAAAUAUAGCUUGGGUGUGGUAAUGUUCUACAGGGUUCACUUAUGUCAGUGGCCGGGACCAGGGCCCUUUAGAGUGAGGGUGGACUGCCUCAGAGCCUGCUGUUCUUGUAGACCUAGAGAGUAUGCAUUAUAUUCAUUAUCCACGAUAUCAGCUUUUAUUACUCCUCCAACAUCACCUCUAGGAUGAAAACAAAAACCUUUUUUAAAAAACACAACCAAAAAUCCUGUUCUUUCAGACAGGGGGAUAGUAUUUAAUUCACACACAUCAUUGUUAUUCCUCACAAGGUGACUUGAUUAAUGAAGGGUAUUUGAGCAAAUGCACCAUGUUUGACUAAUAAAAGUAGGCUUUUUUACAGGGGUGCUAUCUCCAGGCAUAAAUGUGAUUUGCUCAUUAUGAUGUCAGGGAAGGGAUGCUGGGUGAGGAAUGAGCUGUGCAUGUAGACAGGUUCGCAGUGCUCUGCAUAACCUGGUGGCUCAGCGGUGUGACUUGUAACAGUAUAAGGGCUACAUGCCUCUUCUGAGGAUGUUCAUUUCAAAAGACUCCCCUGCUUCAUCAUAUGUCAGAGUUCCAUAGGAUCAGUGAUGAUCAUUCAGUGUAAGUGGCUGCAGGAGAAGGUAAGGGACAAGAAGGGAAAGACCCCAGGCUGUGGCAGAGGCAGUGGUUUUUUCAGAUAGUGUGGCAGAGAGUACUAGAGCCCCACUUGUUGAGAACAACCUCUAUUCUUUCUGCCCCUUUUAUUUUUUAAUCUGGAACACAUUACUGUAAACAUGAUCUUAUCCAUUAGAUAUUACUCUUCUAUGCUUUCUCUUUCUAAAAGUGUGGACUAGACUUUAUUUGAAACCAACUGCUUUCCUCCUCUUGGCUAUGUUAAAAUUGAUUUAACUAGAAAUGUUUUCUGUCAUAUUGGAAAUGUAACCAAAAAAAUUGUAAGCAUUCGCCAAGGUAUUAUUGAAAGAUAGGAGCAUGGUCAAAUCUAUGACAAAAGUUCCACAAACUUCUCUAAGAAAAAAAAAUUGUCUAUGAACUGUACAGGCUGUUUACUGAGGAGAUAAGCCACUGGGAAAACACUGUUAAAAGUAUAGCACUUAGAGUAGUUGGUUGAACACACUUUGCUAAUUGCAAAAUAUCUUUCCCACCUUCCCCUCCUCACAAGAACACCUUCGGCAAUAUUUGAGCCCUGAUGACAAGACCCAGUUAAGUUUUUUUCAGUUAUUCAUACCUGUGAUGAUGUUUAGAGCAGGAACACAAGAACUAUCUUCUGGCAUUGGGCCCUAAAUUUGGAUUUUAUUUGGAAACAGACAAGUAGAAGAUGCUAUAGAAAGGCAUUUUCAGGGCCGGACCCGUGGCUCACUCGGGAGAGUGCAGCACUGGGAGCGCAGCAGCGCUCCUGCCGCGGGUUCGGAUCCUAUAUAGGAAUGGCCGCACCGCGGACGACACCAAGCCAAGGGUUGCGAUCCCCUUACCGGUCACAAAAAAAAAAAGAAAAAAAAAAAAGGCAUUUUCAGAUUAAAAAGUUUUUUAAAUUCUCUGUUUUGGUUUAAAAAUUAAAGAAACUGGCCCAUUGCUUCCCCUGAGUGCGAUGACAUCACUCACUAUUCUCUCCAAACACCUAAGAAAUACUGGUGAGGUUUUUCAAUAUGGUGGAGGACAUCUCCUAGCUAAUACCAUAGUUUCCCAUUUUAUAUUUUAAACUAUUGGACCUGAUUCUUUGUUGUAAAGUUCUUCCAUAAGGAAUUUAGCAAUGUAUUCAGAGUAAUUUUAUUCUUUUUUAUAAGUUUCUUUAGCUUGAUGUGGUGUUUUAAUGCUUCUUAUUAGUUGUGCAAUAAUGGUUAUAGCCUAUUUCUAAAAUAAUUUAAAUGCCAUUCCCCUGUUUUAUUGUUCAAGAGAUAAUUAUUUAUCUUGCUUUUCAUAGUGUUCUUAGGAAUUGUUUUGUUAUUAUGUAUUGGUGAGUUAUGUCCAUUUUAUUAUUUAUUUAGAAAAAUAGUAUCUUUGUAACAACUUACUUGGUAGCAGUAUAUUUUGCUGCAAGAAAUAAAGAGGAUAUGAUAGAGGUUUUUUUGCUGGACAAUUUGUAACUUUUUCUAAUCGGGAAAAGAUAUUUGUAUUCUUGAAAAAAAAUUUUUUUUGUAUUUUGUGUUAUUGAUUAUAUACAAAGGAAAAUAUUUCUUUGGAUAACAUACCCUAAAAUAUUUCUUCUUCUUUUGAAAAUGUUAUUUUUAAUUAAAAAUAAAGGAUAUGAAGUGAGGAGGAGAGAACUAUUAGAAGGAGAGUAGCAAAGGAAGGAACUAUCAAGUAAGAAGCUUUAGUUUUAAAAGUUCUGAUUGGUUUUUGAGAUAUAAAGACCAUGAAAGGGUACAUUUUAGAACUUUUCUUAUUUGAUAAGAGCAAAUAUAGGGUGAAAUUCUUGGAAUGAAAGUUACAUGUGAGAAGAAAAAGUGGAUAUUUGUAGCAAAUAAUUAACUAAACUUUCCAAAUUCUUAGUUUACUCCCCAAAAGACAUUUCCCCACCUGGAGACAUAGGCUUCCUGUCUUCGAUGUUUGCAGAGUGGGAAUGAGCCUGCAGCACCUGCCCCUCCGUUCUGCUUCCUCUCCCAAAGAAGGCGCUCAUCUCCUGCCAAGUCAGACCUAAGCUGAUGGCUGCAGCGCUUGUGAUAUGGUGUCUUAAGUCAAUGGUGGUGGUUUUACUUAUUUUUAAAAUUGCUUUCGUUCAGUCAGUCUCAGUUGAUUAAAUACUAGUAAAGUUACCUCUUAAAGUAACAGAACCUUAGGUCCUUCAUGUUUAUUAAUAGCAAUUUAUGAAUAUCAAGAUAUCUCAUUGAAUUCCUAAAUUUAAGACCGUUAGUUCAGUAAAAAGUCAACUACAUAAAGAAUCCAUGACAUUUUGAGGGAAGUGGUGUAUUAACAAACAUAAAAAACAGUUUUAAAUUUGUUUUAGCUCUAAUCUCAUCAAACCAAAGGCACAGAUUUGUGUAAAAUAUACACAUUGAAUGUAUAGCCUGAGAAAAAUUGGGACCAAAGAAGCAGGAAAAUCUCAAAGCUCUAACGGCAAUAAGUCAAAGGAUUUUGCAAUUGGUAUUUUUCAUCCACAGUCAUUGUUACCUUGUCGAGUGUCCCAUGAGGACAUGCAAAAAUGUGUUAUGUUCAUCUUGUAAUCAUAGCAGAAAGUCGGAGACCACAGGGCCGAGCCUGCUCUGCCACUGAUUUGGAGGGUGACCUUGGGCAAGUCCCUGGGGCUGCCCAGGCCUCCAUUUUUCCAUCUAUCAAAUAACCAGGACAGCCUGGACAAUCUUCUAAACUUCCUCCCAUCUCUUAACAGCCUGAGCACUCAACAUGGAACAGUUUCAUCAUUCCACUUGACAAACGUGGAAAGUAUGUUUAAAAACAUUGCCUUUUUGAAGAGAAAUAUUUAUUUUCCUGUAUUAAUGAGCUAUCUACUAAGUAGAAACCAGCCCAUCUAAAAUAACAUUUUUAGAAAGUUCACCUCUAAGUGCAUUGUGUGUAUUCUGAUAAAAUUACACAAAAGCACUGAUUCCAGGAAAGACAGAGGAGUCUUCAUCUGAGUGAGCCCCGCUCAGUGGACGGCUUGAGAACAACCCUAAAAUAAGUCACCACUUGCUUCCGAAUCCAUAGAAUGGGUUCAAAAAAGAGCAAACAAGUGUAGUUCUAGGUUGAUUUGAAUUCUUUAGUGUGCUCUGAAGUGUCACACUAUUUUCAUAUUCAAAAACUUUCUUGGUUCUCAUACUGGCCAGACACCAAAAAAAAAAAUAAAUAAACAACAAAAAGAUUUCUUGGAAAGGAAAGUUUUCACCCAGCACCUGUGAAAAAGGAACCCAUUUUGUCCCUGUGUGGGCCAGGCAGCACUUGGCCACAUCAGUGGUUGUGAACAAAGUUAGUUGAGACAAAAAUGUGUCAAAAAUAUUGUUUGAGUUCCUGGGAUUUUGUAACAGCACACAACACUGAACUCCUUACCAUUUGUGUAUUUCCUUAUCUCUGGCUGGUAAAACUCUGAAGAGUUGUGGCUUAUUUUGUUUUCGUUUUCUUUGGCUUUGUGCAAUUUUCUUGUAACUUACUUGUACCUAUAUUUUCUGUUUACAAGUUCUUUUUAAGGGGAGGGGGAGGGUUCUAAAAUCUCGUUUACUGUAGAUAAAAAUUUUUUUUUCGUGUUGUAGAAAAGCAUGGGUUAUGCGUUUGACUGAAAAAGGCACUGUAUUAUUUACCAAAGGGGUAUUGCUUUUGUAUUUGUUUAUAAAUGCAUUAUUUUGGUACUGUAAAUUUGGACAUAAUUUCUGAAUUGAUUACUACUGGCAUUUUCCUUUUCCUUUUUUUUUAAGCGUACGUGUGCAAUGCAGGUACACAGGUCCCAGACCAAACAAGACCACCAGCAUGUUCUUGUCCAAACCUUGGGAAUGGUGUGCGCUGCUUUGUGCACUUCAGUUCCUCUAACGUUGGUGCGUGUGUUUGUUUUUUAAUUCAGCAUCCUGCAUUGUUUUACUUUCCAAGCAAGAUCUGUUGAGAUUCCCAACUGCAUUUUAAUGAACUCAACCUCAUUUGCCUCUCUUCUUACGUAUUUUGUGUAUUAGAUUGUGCAGAAGGCAUUCAUGGUUUGCAUUCACAAGGAAGUGGUUUGUCCAAAUUAUUUUGUCUUUAUUAUUGGAGUGGAUUAAUCUCCUUAUUUUUUUCUUGAUGAUUUGAAGUUGUAAGAGUUG